AUGUCGCCCAUUCCCCGGACCAUGCGGGCCGCCGUGCUGCACGCGCCGGGCGGGCCGUCGGCGCUGAAGCUGGAGACGCUGCCGGUGCCGGUGCCGGGGGCGUCGCAGGUGCUCAUCCGCGUCAAGGCCUUCGGGCUCAACCGCUCCGAGAUGUUCACGCGGCAGGGCCACUCGCCCGGCGUGAAGCUGCCGCGCGUGCUCGGCAUCGAGGCCGUCGGGCUCGUCGCCGCCGUCGGGCCCGGCGUCGACGGCACGCCGCCCGGCGCCGUCGUGGCCACGGCCAUGGGCGGCAUGGGCCGCGCCUUCGACGGCGGCUACGCCGAGUACGCCUGCGUGCCCGCCGCCCACGUGCGCGCCGUCGCGGCCGACGAGGCGGAGCUGGCGCGGAGCCUGGGCGACGCCCCGCGCUGCUGGGAGACGCUGGGCGCGCUGCCCGAGAUGCUGCAGACGGCGUGGGGGUCGCUGGCCAAGAGCCUGCGCCUGCGCCCCGGCGAGAGCCUGCUGAUCCGCGGCGGCACCACGAGCGUCGGGCUCGCCGCCGCCGCCCUGGCCAAGGGCCCCAUGGCCGCCUCCCGCGUCGUGGCCUCGAGCCGCAGCGAGGCCAAGGCCGGCCUGAUGCGCGACUUCGGCGCCGACGACACCGUCGUCGACGACGGCCGCCUGGCCGCCAAGUUCGAGGCCGAGGGCCAGAAGUUCGACAAGGUGCUGGAGCUGGUGGGCACCCUCACCCUCAAGGACUCGCUGAGGUGCGCCAAGGAGGGCGGCAUCGUGUGUGUGACGGGCAUCGUCGGCAACUCGUGGGCGCUGAACGACGUCAAUCCGAUGGAGCUGAUCCCGUCCAAGGUGUGCUUGACGGCAUACUCGGGAAGCGAGAAGGACUUCAUGGACACGCCCCUGAAGGACUUGGUCGAGAAGGUUGGCAAGGGCGAACUGAAGGUGAAGAUUGGCAAGGUCUUCAGGCUUGAUGAGAUUGUCGAAGCGCACCAGUUGAUGGAGGACAAUAAAGCCAACGGCAAGAUUGUGGUUUUGACCUAG